AACCAACACUGUAUAAAGAGAAAGAAAGGAGGGAAAACUGAGGGUUACGGAAGAGGUUAAUGAGAACGGUGGGGGAAUAGUGGCAAGACCACCACAAAUGGUGGAGAUAAAGUAAUAAAAGGAAUGGAGCAUGGCACAGUGUAGAGCACUUUGUCCUGGAAGUCUAGGGACCCGGGUUCAAGUCCUGAUUCUUAGGAGUUACUAGCUGGGUGCCCUUGGGCACGUCCUUUCACCUUUGCGAGCCUCAGUUUUCUCAUCUGUAAAAUGAGAAGGUUAAGGUAGUCUAUCUCAAACUCCCUUCCAGGCCUGCACUACAAUUAAACGCCUUGGUGUGCCUAGCUUAGCGGGGGAGGCCGGUGCAGAGGCGUCAGAGAAGAGGCAGGCAACCCGGUUUUUCCAGGGGAAAGACCCUCCACAGUGCAUCCAAACUUGAGGACCGGUAGCCGGGGUUAAGGUGCCUGUGCCCACUUCCACGCCGGCAGACUUAGAAGGGACCACACUCCGGGGUUCCCCGCCACCACCUGAGCGGGUGCUGCGUGCCUCCACCUCCGCACCCCCCACCUCGGCCUGGAGCGGCCCAGCGUGCUCCCGCUCCUCCCCCUUCCCGCGCCCUCCAGGAGCCGCCCUGAAGCCACUAAAUAUCUCACCGAAGCUCUUGAGCUUGUCCCCGAAUUAGAGCUUGAAGAUGCAUUGGAAAGUGUCAUUGAUGCUGUUGAAAAGCAGCCUUUGUCAUCAAAUAUGAUUGAACGAUAUGUAGUGGAAGCAGCAGUCCAGGAAUGCAGCCAAUCAGUAGAUGAAACUCUAGAACAUAUUCUUAAUAUAAUUGGAGCAUUUGAUGUUCCACACUUUGUGUAUAAUCCAGAAAGAAAGAAAUUUCUACCGCUAUCAAUGACCAGUCAUCCUUCACCAAAUUUAUUUGGGAAAGCAAGAGACAAAGCAGAGGUGUUUCGUGAACGUUAUACAAUUUUACAGCAGAGAACCCAAAGACAUGAAUUGUUUACUCCUCUAGCAACAGGUGCUCGUCCUGAUGAAAGAAGCAAAUUUCAGCUUAAAGCAAUAGAAACCUUAUUGGGCAGUACAGCCAAAAUUGGAGAAGUGAUUGUUCUUGGGAUGAUAAUCCAAAUGAAAGAGGGGAAAUAUUUCUUGGAAGAUCCUACAGGAACAGUGCAACUGAAUCUUAGUAAAGCCCAGUUUCAUAGUGGUUUAUAUACAGAGUCAUGCUUUGUCUUAGCAGAAGGUUGGUUUGAAGAUCAGGUUUUUCAUGUUAAUGCCUUUGGAUUUCCUCCCAUUGAACCAUCCAGCACUACUAGGGCAUACUAUGGAAAUGUAAAUUUUUUUGGCGGACCAACUUCUACAUCUGUAAAAGCUUCUGCAAAACUAAAACAGCUGGAAGAAGAAAAUGAAGAUACCAUGUUUGUAUUGGUGUCUGAUGUUUGGUUGGACCAAGUAGAAGUAUUAGAAAAGCUUCACAUUAUGUUUUCUGGCUAUUCUUCUGUACCUCCAACAUGUUUCAUCUUCUGUGGAAAUUUUUCAUCUGCACCAUAUGGAAAAAAUCAUGUUCAGUCAUUGAAAGAUUCCCUGAAGGCUCUUGCAGACAUAAUAUGUGAAUACCCCAAUAUUCACCAAAGCAGUCGUUUUGUGUUUGUACCUGGGCCAGAGGAUCCUGGGCCUGGUUCUAUUUUACCAAGACCACCACUUGCUGAAAGCAUCACUAAUGACUUUAGGCAACGGGUGCCAUUUUCAGUUUUCACUACCAAUCCCUGCAGAAUUCAGUAUUGUACACAAGAAAUCAUCAUCUUUCGUGAAGACUUGGUGAAUAAAAUGUGUAGAAAUUGUGUCCGUUUUCCUAGCAGCAAUCUGGAUAUUCCUCAUCAUUUUGUAAAGACUCUCCUGUCACAAGGACAUCUGACUCCUUUACCACUUUACGUCUGUCCAGUGUAUUGGGCCUAUGAUCACACUUUGAGAGUGUAUCCUGUUCCUGAUCUACUUGUUAUUGCAGACAAAUAUGAUCCUUUUACCAUUAUCAAUACAGACUGUCUUUGCAUAAACCCUGGCUCUUUCCCAAGAAGUGGAUUUUCAUUCAAGGUUUUCUAUCCUUCUAAUAAGACAGUAGAAGACAGCAAACUUUAAGACUUCUGGGAUUUUCUAAGAAGAAACUAAAUUUACUCGGAACUUUGCUUGAUUUAAAAUGCAAUAAAAAUUAUGUUAACCUUUAAAAGGAAAUUUUAUAGGAGAAAAGUUUUCAGCAUGUUUUAAUCCAAUAAACAUUCAUUAAGUGCCUAUGUGCCACGCGCUGUGAUAAACUCUGGGGACACAAAUAAGAAAGACGGUCUUUGCCCUCAAGGAGCUUACAGUCUGAUGGAGGAAAACAACACACAAAUGGAAGCCGAGGUAAUAAGGAAAAGGGAGUACCGUGUUCUAUGGAGUUGAAACCAAGUACAGCAACUGAUGGGAAAUGAAGUUACCUUGAAAAUUCUGAGCCCUUUUAUCAACAAUGACAAAAUAAAGCAUUUUAAUUUUAUAGUUAAAA